UGCACGCCGGUCCCGCCGCCAGCCGCUGACUCCGCGGACAGGAGCCGUCCCGCCCGGUAGCUCCUCGCCAGCCGCACGCCCAUGCUCUCGGGCACCAGGAGGGCUCGCCAGCUCUUCCACCGUCUCUUCCCGGUCCCGAGAAUGGACGACCACGCCUCUAAGAUCCUCAGCCCCCAGAAAGCCCUGCCGGGCCGGAAAGAGGCGAUCCUCGUGGCGGUUCUUCAAUGGAAGUCCAGGCCUAGAUAUAGAGGCCUUAUGUCCUUUCUGCUAAAUGGAGAGGAAGAAGCCAAACAUCAUGUCAAUGGCAACAGAACAGUUGAACCCUUCCCAGAGGGAACACAGAUGGCUCUAUUUGGAAUGGGUUGUUUCUGGGGAGCUGAAAGGAAAUUCUGGACCCUGAAAGGAGUCUAUUCAACUCAAGUUGGCUUUGCAGGAGGCUACACUCCCAAUCCUACUUACAAAGAAGUCUGCACAGGAAAAACCGGCCAUGCAGAAGUAGUCCGAGUGGUGUACCAGCCAGAACGCAUCAGCUUUGAGGAACUGCUCAAGGUCUUCUGGGAGAAUCACGACCCGACCCAAGGCAUGCGCCAAGGCAGAGACUACGGCUCUCAGUACCGCUCAGCCAUCUACCUAACCUCCGCCGACCACAUGGAGGUGGCCCUGAGGUCCAAAGAGGACUACCAGAAGGUUCUUUCAGAGCACGGCUACGGCCCGAUCACCACCGACAUCCUGGAGGGACAGACUUUCUACUACGCCGAGGAUUACCACCAGCAGUACCUGAGCAAGAACCCUGAUGGGUACUGCGGCCUUGGGGGCACCGGAGUGUCCUGCCCGCUGGGUAUUAAAAAGUAAUUCCCACGUGGUCUGCCCUUGGAGUCACAGCAAAAAUGCUUUCAAUAAAUUGGGCAAUUCUUUUGUGGUUCACAUCAGGGGCUCUUUGAAGUGCACCAAGCACAAAGUCAUUCAUAAAAAUCUUGUUUAUUGAGGUAUAAUUUCCAUGAAGUGCAGUGGCAAGUUGAUAACAUAUAAUUUAUCUUCUGUUAAGUUGUGGUGGGAGUAGAACUGUGAAAUUUUUUGGAUUACUUGGGAUCUGAAUGAGAAUAAUAUGCUGUGUUCAUGCUUCUUGUGCCUGGGUGCCUGCCGUGGAAGCCAGGAGAUUGUCGGACGGGGCAGGGCAUGCUGGAAAUCCUUUAUCUGUGCCCUGUCCCAUCUCACAUGCCCUCCUGUCCUCCAGUUCCUUAGCAUUUGCAAACAUUUAUAGCCUCAAUGAAUCCUUCACUGAAAUGCUUUGCUCUACAAUCCUAUCCAUGGGGAAGGGGUUUUCUCUCCCUUUUCAGCCCUGGGUGUGGCAGAGAAAAGAUGUGUUAGUUUGAUGAAUUCUAACACUUUGCUUACAGAUGUAAGAAAUGCUUGUUCUAAUGAAAGUCUACAGUCUACUAAUACAAACUGCCUGAUGUCUCAUCUGUCUUUUACUUGUUUAGGUAAGAUACUUCUAAGUAUCGUAAGAUAAAUCUUAGAGCUCUAAAAGAGCUUAGGAGAGACAAAGCCUCAGAGUCAUUUCCCCAAAAUGGGAAAUAUGGUUGAAAUUUUUGGAAAACAUGUUCACCUCUGGCUCCUUGCAACUUUCAUAAUAAUAGCUGUUUUCCACGCACCUGUUAUAGCCAUCACAUCAAAGACUGUUCUAGUUAGAGGGAACAGACACACACGAUCCCUGCCCUUAAGAGUCUUUAUAUUUGAGACAAGGGGUGGGGAGCGUAAGCAAUAAACAUGUAAGCAUGUGAAUUAGAAAGAUAAUUGCAGGUUCUGACAAAUGAUAUGAAGACGAUAAAUAAGACAAGAUAAGUUGUGUCUGGGGCCAUGGAGUUUUGUUUAGGGCUGUUUUAGCCAUGUUGGUCAGGGAGGCCUCUGUGAGGCCGUGAAAUGUAAGCUGAGAACUGAAUGGUCUGGAUGACGCAAAGGAGACACGUAAACACAAGUUGGGGAGGAGAGCAGAGCUGUUUGGGGCAGGAGACAGAUUAAGAAAUAGACCUUGUUCCCCAUGAAUUUAGCCCAUUUCUUUUCCCUCUUGGGUUUCCACUGUGCCCUAGGCAUCUCAGGAAUACAUAAGUGGAGUAGGUAUACCUAACAUUGUCAGCCCCACUUUGGUUGCUUGAAGGAAAAAUUUUUCAAAUAGAAGAACCAGGAAGUAUAAAUGGCCCAAGACAGGGAGGAAUCUGUGGUAUUUGGGAAACAGAAAGGCCAGUGGGGCUGGAAUAGUGUGAAUGAGAAAGUAUUGGAGGGCGAUAUCUUGGAGAGGUAGGAAGAGCCAGAUCACGUAGAAUCAUCUAGGACAUGUUAACGGGAUUUUUUUUUAAACUUAGUCUACUUAAUUGGCAGCCACUUGAGAGUUUUAAACAAUUUCUCCUUUCUUUUCUAGCCUGAGCAACUGGAUGAAUGGUUGUGGUAUUUACUUGUGAGGGAGUAGAUAAAGGGUGGAGAUGAGUGAACGAAUCAUUCAGUUUUAGCCACACAAAAUUUGAGACGCUUCUCGAGCAUCUUCAUGGAAAUGUGAAGUAGGGCAAUUUGCUGUUUGGGUCUGGAGCUUGCGAGGGAGCUGAGAAAGAGAAAUUUAAGAAACACCAGCAUAUAGAUGACAUUUGAGGCCAUGACACUAGUUGACAUCAUUUGGAGAAGGAAUGGAGAGAGAGAGAAGGGGUCUAAGGAUUGAAUGCUGCGGUAUUCUAACAUACAGAGGUCCAGUAAAGGAGGCAGAGGAGCUCGAGAAGUGACACUUGAGCUAGGCACAUAAAGGAAAUGUGUUCUCCCAGUGAAAACCAGGCACAGAUGUAUACCCUAAGCUGCAUCACAAGUCUGGGCAAAGCUUAGACCAACUUUUUUCUGUGUUCAGACCAGAACAAUGCUUAGCAAGCAUUCAAAAGAAUGUACAUUAUUGGCAACAAGAAUGCUAGAAUAUUUCACAUUGCAACUCAAAUGAUGCUUUUAUUAAAGCUGGAGUGGCCAAGUUACCAUGAGUAAUACUCUGCCCCAAGUGUAGGAUCAAGUCUAUAGAGUAAAGAUAUAAGGGACUAGAUUUUGACUUAAGAAACCCACAACAACCAUUCUUCUAAUUAGACCUUCCAUUUGCCCCCAACGUUGGUUGUUAAUCCUCCAAUGACUGUUCUUGAUCAGUAUUUAUGAAGCCGUAAGAAAAAAUGUAGUGAGAAAUAGGUUAAACAAUGAGUUUUCUGGAGAGAAAAUUAAACAGAUAAAAGCCAGAGAAGUUCCUGAUACUCAUUUAGGCACCUAGAAGAAAUAUCGGUCUAAACUCCCUGAAUUGGUAAGAAGUCUCCAUAGUCUGUGAUCAUGAUUUACUAGACACACAGGAAUAAAACCAUUAGCCAUCAUUACUCCUGCUGCCUACUUUACGUGGAAAAAAUGGCAAGGUUUUCUUUUUUCUUCAUUUUCUUGUCUGUAAUUAUAGAUGCAUCUACCUGGAGAAAGUCCUCUAAGUUAUUUAGUUCAACAUUAUUUAGCCAUAAUGAUGUGAACUAGCGGUUAUAUAAAAUGACCCUUAAUUUCCUUACUACUUUUCAGACUGUAUAACAUAGUGAUGGUGAGAGACUAUGGAUUGGGGUUAGAGCUGAUAUUUUCUCAACAAAGAUUUAUUGUGUACCUGCUAUAUACCAGGAGACUAAAUGACAACAUUUGUUUUUGAUCUAAACUAUAAACACUUUAUGUUGUAUCUUCUUUGCAUGUUUUGUGGAACAUCAGGUCCCUUACUGGGCAGUAAAUGCAAUGUACAAAAGCCUCUGAAUGUAGAUCUCAUGUUUGUUUUAU